AUGGAUCAGUUACCACCAUUAAUAACCCAGUUCAUAACGAGUUGUGAAGACCCCGAAAAAGACUUCGGAGCCACCUACUCCUCACAGAUAGCUAACUUAAUAUCCAAUGAUGAAAUAAGUUUACUUGUGUUAGUGCAAAACUUAGGUGACAAAUUAACCUCAGAUGAUGAUAUCGAAAGAAGUAGAAGUAUUCACUGUUUGAGUUCUACUUUAGAUAAUUUACCUCCAAAUAAGUUGUCCAGACAAGAUGUUAAUGUCAUGGUUGAGUUCUUCCUUGGGAAAUUUGAUGAUAAACCUAGUAUAAGAUUCAUAUUGAAAAGUUUAAGCAUUUUAAUAUCUUUCAAUGGGUUUAAUCCUUCAUUAAAUGAUAACUUAACUAAGAUUUUAAACAAGUUGGUUAAUGAUUAUGAUACCAGUAAACAUUUGGCCAAGAUAAGGUAUGAAAGUUUCCGAGUUAUUGAGAGCUUAUUGAAGAAUCACCAAAAGAAGAUCGUUUCUGAUAAGAAUUACUGUACGUUAUUAAUCAAAGCAUUUCUCCAUAUCGCUACUGGAGAGAAAGAUCCUAGAAAUUUGAUCUUAUCAUUUGAAAUUUGUGAAACUAUCAAUAAGAAUUUCCAAUUCGAUAUCAAUGAAGAAGUAGAUAAAUAUUUCAUCAGUGAAUUAUUGGAUAAUACCUUUUGUUAUUUCCCUAUUUCCUUUAAACCUCCAGCCAAUGAUCCUUAUAAAAUCACUGCUGAUCAACUUAAAUUGAAACUUCGUCGUGCUUUGGUAAGUCAAGAUUUAUUUGCUAAAGAUUUGAUUCAAAGUUUACUUGAGAAAUUAACUUCAACUAAUCCGAUGAUCAGAAACGAUGUUUUAUUGACUAUGUUAGAACUUGUUAAACUGUUCCAACCAGAAACUAUCUUAGUUCAUUGGGACAUUAUCUGGAAUGGAUUGAAAUUUGAAAUCUUACAUUUAGAUAAUUUAUCAGGAUUCAAUUCCAACUUUGAUUAUUUAAUACCUAAAGGGUUGUUAACCAUUGAUGACAGUGAUGAGAAUAAAUCCGUCUAUCUUACCUUAGAAAUCUUCAAUCAAAUGUUGGAAAAAAUCGAUAAUCAACCUCUUGAUACCAUUAAAGAAGAUUUGAAAGAAUACUUAUCCAUUAAUAGUAAAUAUUUCAAGAACUGUGUAUUAUUGGUAAGUAGUUUAUCGACUAAUCUGAUUGAAGCCAAUGAUAUUUUCAUGAAAUUCCUUUUCCAUGAUGAAUAUUUAGGUAAAUUCAUUAAUCCAAAUAUUGAAGAAGAUUUCGAAGAAGAUAUUGCUAUAACCAUUAACAAACAAAGAGAUUUAAUUGAUUGUUUUGGUUAUGCUUUAAUAUCUUAUCAAAUCAUUGCUAAUGAAGAGAUCACUCACAAUGCUUUACUUUCAAAUAAAGAUAACUUAAUCAUCUUCUUAGGUCAAUUAUUACAAGCAAGUUCCAAUAUCGAGAAGACUUUGAAAGUUAAGAUUAUCCAACAAUAUAUCAAAUUGAUAGAAAUCCCUAGUUUCCUUAACACUGAAGAGAAGAAAUCAUUGAUUCAAAUCUUGAAUGAAUUGGUGUUACUGUUGAAUGAUGGGGAUAUUUUAAUGGAUGCUAUAAUUGAAGGAAUGGUCAAAUUGAUCAAAUUAUCCAAUGAUGAGAUCUUGAAAUUGAUCAUAGAAUUCUUCUUACCCAACUUGUUGGUUAAAAUCGAUAAUAAAGAUCAAAGUAUCUUGAAAAUUCUUGAAAGAAUCAUCAUUAAUUAUGAAUUAUUAGAGAUUAUUUCAAUCAGAUUGAUCAAUAAAUUGGAUAAUGAUAGUGAAUAUAACUUUAAGAUUAUUGAAUUGAUCUUAAAGUUGGUAUACAAGAUUCAAAACUCCCAUCAAUUCUUGAUGAACUCUUGGUCAAAGUUCAUUCCUACUUUACAUAAACAAAUCUUGAAAGAUGAAAAGAAUAUCGAAAUUUACAGUGAAUUGAUUGGUUUAAUUGUUAAAUAUACCGAAGCAUCUCAUCAUCAAGAUAUAAUAACUCAAUAUUAUUCAAUAUUUUAUCAAAACAAAGCUGAUUUGAACUUACCAGGAUUCAAAGGAGUUAAUAAUUAUAUCAUUAUCUUCAACAAAGUGUUGGCAAGUAUUGACAAGAAUGUCACUUUCAACAUUUCUAAGGAUCAAUUGAAUGAUCUUAUCAAUGAUAUUCCUACUAUUAAAGAACCAAAUUUGAAAAUUCAAUACUUACAACAUUUAUCCAUCAUUACCAAUAAAUUCUUACAAUCUGAUGAUUUCCAAGAUUUCUCCCUUCAAUAUAAUGAUUUAUCAAAAUUUGAAAUUUGGGUUUGGAUUUUAAAAUCCUUCAUUCUUAGAUUAGAUAAAUUUGGGAUGAUGAAAUUAACUGAACUACUUGAAAAUUGUAAUGAAAUCCCUUUGAAAGUUUUCAUCAAAUUAUUCGAUAUUUUAUUAAAAGAUUUGAAGAUUUAUCAACCAAAUAAGGAAUUACCUAAAGGAACAAAGAUCAUUUCCAAAGUAACUAAUUUGAAUGUCAAAUUAUUAUAUAAGCAACAAAUGUUCAAUAUUAUUCUUAAUAAAAUCUUAUCAGGUACUUUAGAUAAUGAUUUGAAGUUGAAUUUAUUAUCAAUCUUAACUAAGAACAUUGAUGCUAAUAUCUUGAAAUUAAGAAUCAAUGAAAUUUUACCUUUGGUCAUUGAAAGUUUGAAAUUUGAUCAUUUAUUGACUUCAACUUUAGCUAAUUUAUUAAUCAUCAUUGAAUCAGGUAAUAGUUUGAUCAAUGACUUACCCUUCUUAAUGAAAAGAUUGGUUGCAAUCUUGGAUUAUAAGGUAUUCAAUGAACAAAUCAGAACGUUAGCAUUAAAGUGUAUAUUGGAACUUAUUAGUGUUAACGAAAAAGAUUUGAUUCUUAUUUAUAAAACGGAUUUAUUAAAUGGUUUAUCGGCCAGUUUAGAUGAUCCAAAAAGAACAGUACGUAAAUUGACUUGUGACAUAAGACAAGAGUUAUUUGAACUUAGAUAG